AUGCUUGACAAAGGCAAAAACAAGCAAAUAGACCAUGCAGAAGCCUCUUCAAGCAAAAAUAACAAAAGCUCUACCUCCUCUUCAGAAAAAGAAACAACAAAACAACACGUGAAUUAUGACAUAAACAAAAGUCACGUGAGAGAGCCAAUCAGCUCAAGUGCAGAAACUAUAACUAAAACUAAGCCACUUGACUUUACAGUUAGCCUUGAAACUAACAAAUUGCAACCCUCAGCAACUAAGGAGGAAAUCUCUAUUCCACCAACAAAGAUAGCUAAUAAAAAAAGAAACUCUCCAAACCAAGAUUACUUCACAGAAAAAAUAGAGGACAACAACUCAAAUCUAGUACAAAAGACAAACACCUCACCUUCUGAUUCAAAACUUUCUGAACCAGAAAGCGAAACUGUAACAGCAGAUAUACAGAAAAACAAAAAAAGGAAGAAUAAGAAAGGAAUACAUGAGAAUGAUAUAGUAAUAACAGAGGCAACUACCUCUGAACAAGGCUUCUCUUCUCAUUAG